AUGUUAAAUCUAGAAAACGAUGCAGAUGUCUCCGCUUGGGAACUGCACAAGACAGUCCAGUCAACUGAAAACGGACCGUUGGGUAAACUUCUGAGAUCUCCGGAGUACAACCUCUUUCCACUGUCAGCAGUGUUUGAAAGUGAUUUCAUACAAGUGACAAAAAAAGGAAACAAUGUGGAUUUGCACAACAUUCCCAUAACCCUGACACUUGGUGUAACAUCUACCGUACCAUCACUGCCUCUCCCAAAUAUAUUGCUGAUUGCAAGGAUGGAGGUCCCAGAACCUGAUAAUGCAACACCCUAUACGGAACUCUCCAGCAACCACAUUCUCUUGACUACAAGCUGUGUAACACUUUCUCCUUAUUUUCUUUGCAGAAUUGUUCCGCUCAAGUUUGUAAAAUUAACAGUCUGCGAGAAACAGAAACAGCUGCUUAAACUGCGCAUGGCCAAUGGCAAAUCUUACUACCUGUUGCUCGACAGGAUUCAUCCAGAUAUUGUCUUUCUGAAGUGGACACGUCUAAUUCACAUACUUCGCUGUGGACUCUCCACCACUUUUAAAGAUCCAUCUGUUCAUAUGCCUCAAACAAACUUUUGUGAUUCGUACAGCUCCUCAUCUAUUACAUCACUGGAGGACUAUGAAACACGGAGACAACAUCAGAAAGCAAGACAACAAGGAAAAAAAGAGAAACCUAGUAGAGGUCAAUACCAAUCACCCUUUCAGAAAUGCAAGCCAUUCGAAAGAAAGACAUCCCUGCAAAUAACAGAUGACAAUGAAAACAAGAGGAUCCCUCGUGAAACAGGCUACCAAACCAUCCAGACAAACAGUUUUUCUGAACAAUAUGAAAAAGAGCAAACAUUGAGCUUUUGUUACUGCAACAAGUGUGAUUACUGUCUUCACAAGCAUCUGACAAAUAGAUGGAGUGAUUCUGAAGACAGUAAAGAACAAUCAGAAGAUAUUCCGUGUGAGGAGAUGGAUUAUGGACUCUGGGAACGAGAUGCACCAGCGCUAAUGCCACUUUCCCGUCUCAGUGGCCUCAUUGCCACAGGGCGGGGGUUUAAGACAUUUUAG